CCGCCAUCAUUUUAUAACAGUCUCUACACUCUACCCAUCAGCUUCUGCCGCCACCAAACUGUCGGCAGUUCCCAACUGUUUUCCCGCCUCCAGCGCUCAACGGAGCUCAGUUUUAGAACUUUCAGCUGUGGCGCCUUCCCUUUAUUAUACAAUGCACCCCUGCCGUAGAUCUGCCGUACAGUUUUUACGCUGCUGCUUUUACUUGGCGCUGAAAGCUUCCCUGGUAUGCUCGUUGGAACAGCUUCAGCACCACCGCAUCCCGCUCCCCGACCCGCAUUGGUACCAGGGCACCGCCACCUGGUAUGGAGACCCCGAAGGCGAUGGUAGUACCGGGGGAGCAUGUGGGUACGGUACCUUAGUGGACGUGAGGCCAUUGAGAGCAAGGGUAGGGGCUGUGGGGCCCCUGCUGUUCAAGAACGGCCAAGGGUGUGGAGCGUGUUAUAAAGUGAAGUGCUUGGACGACAGCAUCUGCUCGAGGCGAGCCGUGACGGUGAUAAUAACGGACGAGUGUCCGGGGUGCCCCUCCGACCAAACCCACUUCGACCUCAGCGGCGCCGCCUUUGGGCGUUUGGCUUUAGCCGGCGAACAUGGUCAACUCAGGGACCGAGGUCAAAUCCCCGUCAUUUACAGGCGAACACCAUGUAAAUAUCGAGGCAAAAACAUUGCCUUCCAUGUCAACGAAGGUUCUACGCCUUUUUGGCUUUCACUUUUGGUGGAAUUUGAGGAUGGAGAGGGAGAUAUAGGCUCUAUGCAUAUUCAAGAAGCAGGGUCUCUAGAGUGGCUAGAGAUGAAUCAUCUGUGGGGCGCAAAUUGGUGCAUUAUUGGUGGACCUUUGAGGGGACCUUUUUCAGUGAAACUAAGCACAUCCACUGGGAGAUCUCUGUCUGCCAGAGAAGUUAUUCCAGGCAGUUGGACUCCAAAAGCUACUUACACAUCUCGUCUCAAUUUCUACCCUUAGCAAUGUUACAAGAAGAAGCACCGACAAGUUGCAACCAAAGGGUUUGAUAAGCAAGCAGUCAAUCACCUUUUUCCUAGUCAUAGCUAGCCAAGUUCCAUAAUGCAAAGGCAGUCUUUUGGGCUUGAGCUUCCCAUCUUUGUUUCCCACUCUUACUGUAAUAUCUUUUCUUCCAUUCGGUUUUUUAGUAAGAAAAACAAGAGCUCGAGUGCGCAAGGGCAUCCAAUGUUUCUUCCUUUUCUCAUUUUUAAAAGCAAUACCUGCUUUUAUGGCGUGCAACUCUUGGUAGCAGAUUCAUGUAGCCCUCUCCAAAGCGGAGAGAGAGCGUUUAGUAGAAACCAGUAUGUACCUCUUUCCCUUGCAAAGCAAAUGCAUUGUGACUCGUGAUGUGAGUUUGGGUUAUUAUAAAAAGCAAAUGUAUUGCAAAACAAUGUCAUUAGACUUAUUGCCUUGUUAA